UCUGUGUGCUGUGUACGACGGUCGUAAAAUUGGUUUUCCACGCUUUUAGUAAAAUUAAGGCUAGUUAUUUAAUAAAAUAAAUGGUGAUUUUAUUUUGAAACACAAUGUGGGACAACGCUAUUGAAUAUUUGAAGGAUCCACUACUAGUAGUGAAGGUGCAAAACUUUUUCGGAGUGAUAUACAAAAGUACUCGACAGAGCAAUGAAUCAUCCGAAGUGUUACAUUCCGAUAGGAAAGAGUUCUUGACCGAAGAGUUUGACUUAAAGCAGCACAAGCGGAUUCCUAGUAACAUAUCAAGUAGUUCGCAAUCGUCCCAGUCGUCGUAUGAUACGGAUGUGUCCCAGGAGAGUGGGAAAGGAGAGGUGGUGUGUACGAUAAACAACAGGUUUUGGUAUUACCUGUUCGUGGUGGGUACGGCGCUUGGGGACGAAAUCUUCUACGCGACGUUCAUCCCCUUCUGGUUCUGGAACAUAGAUGGCGCUGUCGGCAGGAGAGUGGUCCUGGUGUGGACCGUUGUGAUGUACAUAGGUCAAGGAAUCAAGGAUAUUGUCCGCUGGCCACGGCCUGGAUAUCCCGUUAAAAAGUUGCAAGAGAAAUGGGCGAUAGAGUAUGGUAUGCCUUCGACACAUGCUAUGGUUGGGGUGUCGAUACCAUUCUCAGUGUUAUUCUAUACGAUGGAUAGGUACCAGUAUCCCGUGCACUGGGGCACAGUAAUUGCUGUCUCGUGGUGCACCCUGAUUUGUGUGAGCAGAGUUUAUCUUGGAAUGCAUAGUGUUUUGGACAUAGCUGCCGGUCUAUUCCUGUCGACGAGUCUUCUGGCUGUGCUAAUCCCACUCGUGGACUGGUUGGACGGAGUUCUGCUCUCAAGCUACUGGGCUCCAGUUGUUGUUAUUGCUCUGUCUAUACUUGUGAUAGUAUUCUACCCUAAUGCAGACAAGUGGACCCCUACAAGGGGCGACACAACGAUGAUAGUGAGCGUGUGUGCGGGCAUCCUCGUCGGAUCAUGGACCAACUACCAGCUCGGAAACAUGCACGCCAGCAACCUCUCACCCCCCUACGAGAUCAUCUGGCCCUCCAUCGAGAUGUUGGGAUGCACCAUCCUCCGAACCAUACUGGGAUUCUGCGGAGUCCUAGCAACCAGAGCGAUCGGCAAGUCUUUCUCGUACGCAUUCAUCUGUGCCCUCUUAGGCAAGGACAAAAACGAACUGCGCAACUCCGAGAACAGCUUAGACAACAAAAACAAAAUCAUCGUCGAGUUGUGCUACAAAUAUUUCACUUACGGAAUGAUAGGGUUCAACACGACAUACGUUUUCCCUAAUGUGUUCGAUUUGCUGAAAAUCAAUAGGCCUACUUAUUAUACUGAAAUUUAAAUGUUUCGGUUGUGAAGUUCGAAAUUUUCACUGCCCGGGGCUUCGCUCGCGUGGGUUUAGCCUUGUAAAGUAUCUCGCAACAUUCCAGUUAAGUAGAAUAUGCUGAGAGGUAGUUUAGUAUUCAGAGUGAAAUUCAGUGCCUGGUGUAACCAUCUACUACAAACGAUAUUUUUUGUUCAAAGAAAUUUAAAGCGAUCAUUAAAGUUUUCCUAAGAUACAGAAACGAAAUCUUUCAGUUUUCACUAUAAAAUAGUAGGUAUUUAAAUAAAAGCUUGCCUAGAUUAGUAUGGUGCGAUGUCAGAGGUUAGAUAGUGAAAAUGUUAUGGAAGAUUUCAUUAGGCGUAGUACCUAAUCAUCUUUCAAAAAUGUCUAUAGUGAUAAAAUAGUGGUGUGUAAAAUGUUAUUAGACAAUUAUAUCGAGAGAGAUUGUUAAUUAUUUUUUCAUAAUUAUGCACAAAUAAAACAUACUUAGUGGAAAUUUCGCACGCAGCAUUUUACACUGUGUAGCGAAUACGAGUUAAAAUUUAGCAUUGUAUAACUGUAGCCAAUCGUCGGGAAACCUUGAAUAUGGAUGGUUUACGAUCAAUGGUAGAAUGCGGAAUUCCUAAAAUAGAAUAAAUGUUCCAAAUUAGAUGUGGAUACUUCAAAAUAAACGCCAUCUCGUUUCCGCAGUCUUUUCAAGUUAAUGACUAAUGAUAUAAAAUGGUAAUUUGUUUUCAUUUAUGAAUAGGCUCGUGAGCGAGACAUCUAUGUAAAUUAGUUUUGUAUUAUCGUUUUAUUUAACAUUUAUAUUUUAGACGUACUAAAUGUUUUUUAGAUGAUGGGCAUAUUGGGCGUUAAACCAACAGAAACAAAAAGUAUACUAAAUUAAAGCUUAAUACUAGUACUUUAUUUCAUUGUAUGACAACAAUCCUGAAAUACGCGGGGAUACGGAGAUAGAGGUCAUAGAAUAUGCAAAGUUUCCAUAGUAUUUCACAUCACACUAGGGUAAUAAAAAUAGUAUUAGGUCAAUUACUUGCUUGUAUCGAUCAUAUUGAUAGUAUUGUAUCAUAUCUUACUAUCGAUUCUAUCGAUUAAGUAUGUAAGUAUACCGAAUAAAUCACAAUCGAUUAUUCGAUUGCAAUAAUCGAGUAUAAUGCUGAAAAUAAAGAAUCAAACUAACAAUCAAAUGAUAGUGAUGAUGGUAAUCAACAAAAUCGAAUUGUUAAUCGAUAAAUCGUUAUUUGGCAAUAUCCAUUAAUAAUCGAUCCGUGAUUGAUUAUGCGACAAUACUACAGCUUAACUGGUAGAAAUCCCAUUGAAACAUGACUGUGUUCAUUUUAUUUCUCUAAAUGGUACCUACGAGUAGGUGUAGUCCUACUCACGUAAUGUAGAACAUGGUACUUAUUUUAUACCACUUGUUGGCCCCACUCCUUAACUGUUGGACAUAAUAAUUGAUAAAUAACUUAAUGUAUAAAUGUAGGUAUAUUAAUUAAUAAUAUUUUUUGUUUGCGCAAUAAAACACAUAUGACUAUUAUACAUUAUGUAAAUUUCCAAGCAAACCCGGGAGUUUUUGGUAGUUAUUUAUAUGAAAAUAUAUUUCUGAUACUAAGUCCUAACAGAUAAUAGUAGUUACAUUUCUGUUGGUUUUACGCCCAGAUUCCAUAGAAAAGUGCCCAUCAUCCUUUCUACAAAAUGCGAAUAAAUACAUAUUAGCACAACUGAUACAAUAAAUUGUCUUUCAUUGAUUCUAGAGGUUGCGCCACUAUCAAUAUUUACGGUGAGGCAUUGGGUAGCUAAUCGAAAUAUUUUAAUUGUAUUUGAAUAUGGUUUCACUUGGCAGACAAAUAUGUGGGUGUGUGUUGUGCCUUUAAGGUGCAUUGUUAUUUUUUGUUAUCAAACUGUCAGCCCCUCUAGACAAAGCAACACUCGUGACAGUUUUAAUUUUGAAAUCGCUUCAAGUAUUUUUAUUCAAAAACGCCGGGGCGAAACGAUUUCGGUAUUUCAACUGUCACUUUGUCUAGGGGCUGGCAUAGGUUCGUUCACUCAGCACAUUAAUAUUUGAACACCAUGGUUUGUUUUAAAUUACUAUCUAUUUUUGUACACGUCAUACCUGAAUGUAUAAAUGUAAAUAUUGAAAAUUUAUGUAACUGAGCUAGUUUGAGUCUACUGAGUUACGUGGUGGUAAAAAGGCAGUGAUUUCCAAUUAGUUUUUUUAAAGUUGAGUCCAAAUAGACGCAUGGCUUAGUUUCAAAACUUUUAUAGGACUGUCUAAUUCACAAACAUUGCUAUGAGGUCUCACAGUGCGCGUGAACGCACAGGGUGACCUACGAACCAAUCACAAAACUCCAUAAUCUAUUCAACGUUGUGUGUUCGAUAUGCUGGUUCACUUAAGCAUGCAUCGAUUGUGAAUACGGGGGUAAUUUUAAUAAAGUAUAUUGACAGUGUAUAUGAGGUUAGUUCAAGAGGUAUAUUUCAAAGCCUGUCGCGUCUCCCGUGGUAGUCUGCGGGUUCGAAUCCAGCUAGUAGUAAAGUCAUUGACUUGACAUACUUUAUUUUAUUAAUUUAUUUUAGUGUUUUAUCUGUAAUCUAGUCGCUAUAGUCUGAUAAGUUUGAAGCAAAUGUAAGAAUUGAUUGAUUAAUUUCCGCUCAAUCACUCCCACACUUGAAAUGAAAAUUAAAUCAUUCCGCACCUCUGCAAUAAUCUAGGUUUAAUGCAUAGUAAUACCACUAAUUGGGAAUCGCUGCAAGAUUUUAGAAGUAUGACAUUACAUCACAAUAAUUUAUAAACAUAGCACAAUAAUAAUAGGUCUGUCCGUUAUUUGUAUGUACUAGGGGAAUAUGAGUGAAUGACAUUGGCGUUAUCGGAACCCCGUGUUUCAACACGCUUUAGUUAGUCAUGGGUUUCUCAUGUUUAAUAUGGGUCGUAAAUUUUAUACAAUAGUUUGCAACUAGUAAAAUAAAACGUAUUUUCAAACGAUUUUAAUAUUUCUCACUACUUACUAUUUCUAUUAAUACUGGAUGAUUUUUUUACCGACUCGAUAUUUGAUGCAAAAAAUCCGCUGUUUUUUUCCAAAAGUUCGAUACAGGUUGACCAAAAUGUUUUUUGGUCAACCUGUAUCGAACUUUUGGAUUAUACAUACAGCUGUUUUUUUGCGAUUUCAGAGUUGGUUUCAUAGUGAAAGUUGUAAUUCAUGUGUAAAACAUCCUGUAAUACAUAAUAUCGAUACGUUAAAAAUCAUCCUGUAUAGGUAUAGCUCGUUUCAUCCACGAAGACGCGCCUCAUCAAUUUUUGGUCGAGGGAAGCGCGGGGUGCGGUGAAUAAUACAUUUUCUACAACAUAAUUAUGUCUUUAUCGUUUUUCCUUAUAGAUAACAUUAUGUCGAAUAUAAAAUAACGAGUACCUGUAAUGUGAAUAUUGUUUGUUGUUAGUAUUUGUUUAUCAUAGACUCCGCCUAGGUUUUUCCAUUAAAGCGAACGCAUGUAAGUACCUAAUCGUAAUGAUUUCUAUAUUUUCCAUUCAAUAGCCCAGAGUUUAUUAAUUGAUUUAAUUAUAUUUAAUUCCACUACGAUGGUAUAAUAACCAUUUGCAAUAAGUAAUCAUUUGUUAUACAGUGUAUACAGUUCAUAAUAUAAAUAUCGAGUAAUAAAAAUAUCCAGUUGUGAGAAAGAGGCUUCUAAAUGGUUAAAUCUUUCAUGACGUAUAUCCUUUGGCCGAUUUAUUGUCAUUCAUUUGUUAAACAAUGAAUAUGAAUGCAAAAUUGACGCAAAACAAAACAAUUGAUAUGCUUGUUUCUAAUGCAAAAUUUAUGAAUUACCGUCAUUACAGAAAACAACAUACAUAGGUAAUGUAAUUAGAAAUUCGUGUUAAAAAUCCGUCAUAAUUUUCUUAGUUUUUUGUUGAUUUUGACGUCAGAACUUACAAAUGAUAAUUAUUUUGUGAAUAUGUUUUUAAUUGGUAAUGCUUAUCUGUAAUAAAAGUUUCGAAAUUGUAUCAUAGUGUGUAUAAUAUGAUUUUUAUUUCAAUUGCUAGAUGCGUUCGCUCUAGCUGUAAGUUGUUACACGACCAUUCCAAAUUCUAAUGCAGCAGCUGUAGCAGUAUCAAUGUUGCAGUCAAAACUCAUAAUCACUCAAUAUCACUUUUGACUAAUUUUUCAGAAGUCAAAAGUGGUUUCACCUCAUUUAAAAUUUUACCAAUCUAUCCAAAAAUUCAGUUUUGACUGUAACAUCAAUACAGAAGUUUCUUCGAAUCCUUAUCUAUGAUAUUAAAUUGUAAUUUACACAUUGUUGUAGCGUAUUAAUUUUCAGACGUCAAAAGAUUAUAGUAGGUAGCUUAGUUGUUAAGCCGAAUGUUGAGGCGUACCACAUGGUCUUCACGUGACAAACUAUUGUUACGCAGUUAGUCUAUCUAUUAUAUAGGGUCGAUGAUCUACCAUUGUAUGCCAAAGCUGAUGUCUAUCGAAUUUCCGUAUGCAAGCCAAAAUCUUGAAUUUGUUCAAAUCAAAAUUACGAACUCUGGUACCUACUAAUUAUGUAAAAAAGCACACAUAUCUACCCAUGUUAUAACUGCUUACGCUUACAGAUAAAUAUUAUUUUCACCCAUCAAAAUGAUCGAUUAAAUUAAUAAGAGAUUAGUAGUAAUUCAGGUACCUACUUUGGUGUCUGUUCAAGGGUUUAAAUAUUGAAACAUUCCACCCGAAUAGGGACACCUGGCAUCACCCUACGGCUUUCGGACCAUAUCGACUUGGUAUACAGUCGACAACGACAUAUGCGUGUAGUCAGCGUCAAAUAGUUAGUGACACCCAAAGUAGUAAAAAAGAUCGCAACACGUCUUUGUUACAAUUGAAAUAAAGUUGUGUUGUCCACUGGGUGUCGCGAACUAUUGGACGCUGACUGUGCUAAAUACCUACGUCAUCUGCGUCUCGGCAAAUAAUACGCAUCAAAUAAACAAUUUGUUACUAGAAAUUGCAGAUGUUUACGUGUAAAUAACUAUGUUAGUUUUUUUUGUAUCUUAUUAUUUUGUUGUUCCAUAGUGCCUCUUAUUUAUAAGGUACAAGCCAACAAACGCGAGAGCUAUGUGGCGUGUGCCAGUAUGAACAAUCUUGUGAUACAUAUUUUAUGAAGUUACUGCCAUCAAAAAUUAAAAGUAUUUGCACUAUUAUAA